CGUUUUAAAUUUUGUUGUCAAAGUGAAAUUAUUCGAAGGAUUAGGCGUUGAUUGGUAAUUACGACCACUCUAAAGCCCAACACCCCAAAACCUUUGAGCAAUCCGGCGGCGUUGAGCAAAGGAUGGUGGGAGACGAAGGAAAACUUGCCGAAAGAGAAGAAGAGGAGGAGCAGAUUGUUGAAGGCCUGGGAUUGUAUAAAGGAAAGGUGAGGAUAGUGAACAGUGAAGAGCCCUCAGAGGAGACGAUGCUGCUGUGGGGAAUACAACAGCCUACUCUCUCAAAGCCCAAUGCCUUCGCCAAACAGUCCUCCCUCCAACUCCGCCUUGACUCCUGUGGCCGCUCUCUAUCCAUUCUUCAGUCUCCUUCCUCUCUGGGAACUCCAGGAGUAACUGGUUCAGUAAUGUGGGACAGUGGAGUUGUUCUUGGAAAAUUCUUAGAGCAUGCUGUGGAAUCGGGUACUGUUUUGCUUCAAGGAAAGAAGGUCGUUGAAUUAGGCUCUGGCUGUGGAUUAGUGGGGUGCAUAGCAGCACUUUUGGGUGCUCACGUUAUUCUUACUGAUCUUCCAGAUAGAUUGAGAUUACUGAAGAAAAAUGUUGAAGCUAAUCUGUAUGGAGAUGUAAAAGGUUCUGCAACAGUGACUGAACUUACGUGGGGAGAUGAACUCGAACCUUUUCUGUGCGAUCCUUUGCCUGAUUAUGUUCUGGGGUCGGAUGUAAUUUACAGUGAAGGAGCAGUAAUGGAUUUGUUGGAAACACUUGUAGACCUCUGUGGUUCUGAAACAACAAUUGUUUUGGCUGGUGAACUUAGAAAUGAUGCCAUCCUCGAAUACUUCUUUGAAGCAGCUUCGAAAGAGUUCAUUGUGGGGCGUGUUGAUCAAAAGCAGUGGCAUCCAGAUUACCUCAGUCCCCGUGUUGUGAUUUACGUUUUAGUGAAGAAGUAAACCUGCUCUUUUGCUUUCAUCUAUUCCAAGCUGUGUUUCUGCUCGACACAUUUUAAUAUUUCUUAACAUAUACAUAAUAGAUAGCUGUUUGAAUUGCUUUA